GACUGGAUAAACCCUUGUAUUGAUUCACAACAAAUGAGACUGUUUGGUGCCUCGUCUUCGCUGCUGCUUGGUCUUAGCGCCAUGUGGCCUACCGGUAGUUUUGCGCUGACACCCUCGUCAUCUGUGUCAGCACACUCCGCAGCACCAGCACACCCUGUUCUGCCUACAGCAAAGGCACAUUCUGCUAUCCGCGUACCUGCGCAAGGCGACGAGCUACGGAUCCUCUGCCGCCUCAAUGCCGACCGCCAACGGCGCCGCCUUCCCUCGGUGUUUCUCCACCGCACGCUGUCCCAGGUUGCUGCCGAGCUCGGCACCCGGUACGCAGACGGCGAGUUCUCCUCCAAUGACUUCAGCACUCUGGUGUCGUCCAAGAUCUUCCCGCUGGGCAGCUCCGUCAGCACCAGCUACAAGAUCAUCGGCACUGUGUACUCGGACGCUGAGUAUGUGGUGAACCUGGAGACCUCGCUUUACAGCUCUGUGUUUGCUGGCGACCUGGAUGCAAUUGGGCUGUACCAGGACAAAGGCAUAUAUACACUUGUGCUAGCGUCGGGACUGAGCGCUAAGCCGGCAAGCGUCGAGGCGUGCCCGGUGACACGUGAGCAGUUCACACCGCCCACCACCACGCCAGGACCGCCGGGAAACACUGUGAACGGUGUGGAUCUGCUGCAGUUCCUGUGCUCUAUCAACAACGAGCGUGCUGCCGCCGGUGCUGCUCCCCUGGCUGUACACGGCGCGUUAACCAACGAAGCAUCCGAGCAGGCCCGCAUAAUGAGUAUCCUGGGCAGGUACACGGUUGACGGCCCAAGACAUGUCGACGAGGCUAUCUAUGCGCAGGGCGUCAGCAUCGCAAAGCUUGGCUGGGUUGCCGGUGACUCGUUCACCAGCAUCAGCUCUCUCACCAACCUGCUGAUGGCAACGUACAGCAGCCAGGUGCUGGACCCGGCAUUCAAUGUCGUUGGAGUUGCACAGGAUUCUGGCUUCUGGUCGGUCAUCCUGGGCAAGGUCAACCGCAACAUCGUCGCUGGCAAAAAGUGCCCAAAGGACAUGGGCGAGGUCGCAUUCACGAGCUGAGUCGGCAACUCGACUCGGGCGGGGGCAGCUGCAAGGGGUUUGAUGGCGAGCCAAUCAGACCAGCCCAGCGCUCUGAGAAGCGCUGCUGGGCUUGAUGCGGGCAGCGCUGCUUGAAUUGUUCAGUAGUCUUCAUAGCGUG